CGAUUACGGUGGAACACGAGUGAUUCUGUUAUCUUCAAUCUAUCUCAACUCAACACAAAUUCUAAAUUCUUUUCUGCAACAUUCUUGCUUGGGCUUGGCUUGGAUUGAUCACUCAUGGCUGUCCAAACCCACGUUUAUACCGGAUUAGCUUUGGCUUCAACUCCUUCUUCUUCGUUUCAACCCUCUUCUUCCAAGCCCGCUACCCUCUGUGCCGCCACAAAGCUCUUAAGAACGUCCUUCCUUAAUGGCGGAGGGAACAUUUUACAAAUUACAGAGAUGAAAUCUUUGCAUUUUGAUCAAUCCCAUGGUUGUAGACGUGGAGGUGCUCUUGGUGCUCGCAUGAACCUGUUUGACCGUUUUGCAAGGGUCGUAAAGUCAUAUGCAAAUGCACUUGUAAGUUCCUUUGAGGAUCCUGAGAAAAUCCUGGAGCAGACAGUGCUUGAAAUGAAUGAUGAUUUGACAAAGAUGCGUCAAGCCACAGCACAGGUACUAGCUUCUCAGAAGCGCUUGGAAAACAAGUACAAAUCUGCACAGCAAGCUGCUGAUGAUUGGUAUCGAAAGGCACAAUUUGCUCUCCAAAAGGGAGAUGAUGAUCUUGCUCGGGAAGCUUUAAAGAGGCGCAAAUCAUUUGCUGAUAAUGCAAAUUCUUUGAAAGCUCAACUUGAUCAGCAGAAGAAUGUUGUGGAAAAUCUUGUUUCUAAUACACGGCUAUUAGAGAGCAAGAUACAAGAGGCAAGAUCAAAGAAAGACACACUGAAAGCACGUGCGCAGUCUGCGAAGACUGCAACCAAAGUGAGUGAAAUGUUGGGGAAUGUUAACACAAGCAGUGCUCUUUCUGCUUUCGAGAAGAUGGAAGAGAAAGUUAUGGCAAUGGAGUCUCAAGCAGAAGCUCUUGGACAGUUAACUGCUGACGAUCUUGAAGGAAAGUUUGCUCUGUUGGAGGGCUCAUCAGUCGAUGAUGAGUUAGCGAACUUGAAGAAAGAGUUAUCUGGAAGCUCAAAGAAAGGAGAACUUCCACCAGGAAGAACUGUUUCUGGCAGCGCGUUUCCGGUUCGUGAUGCUGAGAUCGAGUCGGAACUCAAUGAACUGAGGCAAAAAGCAAGAGAAAUGUAGGGGUAGGGGUAUGGCAAAUCAUUAGAAUCUCUAAGGUCCAAAUUUUGAUGUCAGUAAGUGACAUCUAAUGCUUUCCACAUUAGAAUUACAUUGUACAGGAAGGAAAUGAUCCAAACAGAUCAAACAUUGUAUAGCUAAACUCCAAUUUUUGGACUGAGGAUGCAUUGCAGAACUUGUUUAGUUCAUAUAUAUUGAUGAAUCUGUGGGAUCAAAUGUUGUUUGUAA